CUUUUACGACAGGGCGCGAUGGGGUGGAGGCGCGUCGUCCCGGUUGUCAUCGCCUUCGCGGCGCAUUGCUGUAGUAGCGCCGACGUCAAGCUGCCAGUGGACUGGCGAGCGAAUACGUGCGGAGGGAGCUUCAUUUCAGAUAGUACCGAGCUCGGAUGCGCCAUCGAUCGAUGCGAAUGCUGGGAGUACAUUUCCGAGUGCGACACGAACUACAUGUGCGAAGCGUACUUUACCAACGGUACCAAUGUGUGUCAGGGGCGGUGUCGUCUGUCAGCAUUUGGCACGGCUCUCAACGUGUUCGGAAUGCUUCUCAUCUUUGGUUUUCCCAUUGGGAUCUUUAUAUACCACGUGGUGAGCGUCCGCAAGCAGAAUCGGCUGGCCGACGAUUCCUCGACCAAAGAGAUCGAUCAGGUAGAAAUCCGGGGCGAUGGUCUCGUAGAGCAAGUACAGCAGCAACAUGUCGUCGAUCGGAUGCUGCUUCGUCGGGGUCGAAGCACCCAACGCCGCAACAGCGCCGCCACGUCCUACGUUGCGGUGACCGAGCAUUCUUCGUUCCGAAAACCGUCCUUCCUUUCUCACGUUCGGUUGCGAUCCGAGUCGAAACCGAGCUCCCUGGACCCGAUUCUCGCAGAGGAAGGCAGCGGAUACAUGUUGCAUUCUGAAGCGCCCACGACCGUCAUGGGGAAUCCGAGUGUGAUCCCAGAAGAAUCGAUCGACCAUGGUCACCAGAGCAAAGAAGAUGUCCUGAAGAGGUAUUGCGACUUGACCAAGUUGACCGCGGGAGCAACCAACGGUGCCUUCAUCGUCCGAAUGAAUCCGCAAACGUACCUGGAGACCAUGCAUCGAGCUGCGCUGCCUCUGAUUUUCCUCCUCAUGGGCGGCAUCGUGUUGGCGUCGCUGCUGCUCGCUGUGUACCCGCUGCAGCUCAAGUCAACGUACGCGCGGUUGCAACCGGGGGACUUGGCGUACUUGAACUGUUCCGUGAACGAGGCCGAGUGCACCGAAUUUGACUGGGUCGUGUUGGACGGAUCGAAUGGAACCCAACACCGACUCUCGUUCACGUCGGACGAGUUUCCAAAGACCCCCGACGUCCUCCGCAUCGAAAUGAACUUGGAAAACACAACCCAGAAACAAACCCCCGGCGCGUACGUGCUGGGAAAUUACCGCCUCAGUGUGUACGCGGACGGCGCGUCGAAACCGCUCGUGUCCGACUACGAAAACAAGCUCGUCACAACAUGCUCGUGCGUCGACAACAAGUGCCAAGACGUAUCGUGCUCGACGAUUCCACUCGUUGGCAUCAACAUCAAACGGUUUGGCGCGUCCAUGUACGACCUGAGGAGCAGGCGGUACAUCGUGGAGAUGGACUUUGACACGUCCGAAAGCACCCUCGAGCGCGCCACUUUUCCCGCCUACUCGUUGCACGUCGAAGUGUUGGAAAACCCGUACGAAAUGACAGGCCUCGCCAUCCAGUGCAUCCUCGGUUGCUUCAACAUGGCGCUGCUCGUGCAUUUCGUGUACUCGAUCAAUGUGCACUACGUCCGGCGCCACCCGACCGCGCUGGACGUGCCCAUCCCGCGCCGGUGGGUGUACCACCUGAGUUUGGAACGCAAGCUGUUUGUCAUGAUUCUGACCGCGCUCGCCAUUGAGAACAAUCCAUUCAUGAUCACGGUCGCGCUGCCAUUCUUUGGCCCACCCGCCGACGCCUACUUUGUCUUUCGCAACGUGUGGGAAACCCUCGUGUACGUGAUCGUGCUCGGCUCGCUCCUCACCAUCAUCGACGCGUACCGCAAAGACAACAAACAGUUCAAGAACGGCGCGUCCGUGGCUGCUCUCGGCCCGCGCUUUGUCGCGUCAAAGCUCUUCAUUGUGUUUGUUCUCUUGGCCGUCCGCCUCUCGGUUUCGUUGGCGUUGGAAGCGUCGUUUGAGGUCACAGUCAACAUCGAUCAGUGGAUGGCAUCGAUGGAUCUCGGUCUUGUCGUCGUGGGGGUCACGGCGCUGGUGGGAGUUGUCGUCCACGUGAACCAAGUGCUGAAUCGCCAACGGUACAGCGAAACGCGGUAUUUGUCGCUCAACUUUCGAUACCUGACCCUCGUGACGUACUCGAUUUUGGCUGUACUGCUCAUCAAUUUGGUCUUCUUCAGCGCAUAUGCCCAGGUGUCGACGUUCAAACCAACUGCGCUUCGCACGUCCACGACUGUGUCCGAAGUCUCGUUCUCGAUGCUCAUCAGCAUGGGGGUCAUUGCGUUCUACCCGCCACGCAAGCCGCAGCGCGGCCAAGUACCGCGCGGGUACGUGAUUCGGGAAAAGCGGCAAUUUGCGUCGACUCCCACUGGCUUGUCACCUGUUGCUGGUGCUGCUGUCGAAUCGUCGCCGUCGAUUGCAAUCGAGCCCACGCCUUUGCGUCCACGGGACGUUUUCUUCCGCCCGCCUGUGAACAACACGCCUCUUCGCCGCAUGCCUGCCUUCCGUGCAAAGCCGAUCUCGGCACCGCAUCACAUAUUCUGCAUCGAAACAGCAUGCCUCCUGUUCAACUGCUCGCGCCACGCGUACGACCGUCCGUUGCUGUGCCAACCCACAGACAUCGACGAAGCGGGCUGCCCGACGCACGCCGAGUCGGAGUACGUCAGUGCCGCCGCGCUCUUUCGAGACAACUUGCGCGAGGUUGCGUAUAUUCACGAUGAAGCCACGGAUACCAACUGCUUGGUGCUCCAAAGCGACCGGAAAAUCAUCUUUGCGUUCCGCGGGACUGCCAGUACAGCCAACGUCAAGACCGAUGUGCAGUACGCCCUUGAAGAAGUGCCGUGGAAGUCGACAACGCAAUCCAACGCGACGACGGCGGUGUAUGCGCACCGCGGUUUUUACAACGCCUACUUGACCGUCCAGAAACAGGUCCACGACGUGUUGACGACGCUCCUCGUCGAGUACAGUCUGCAUGGCCUGUCGGCAGACACGCACGUUCAAAUCUACUGCACGGGGCAUUCGCUUGGCGGGGCGCUCGCGACUCUGGCAUCUCUCGACAUCAAGCUGACGUUUGGCCAUCGCGUGAUCAUGUACAACUUUGGCAGUCCCCGCGUCGGGACGCACACGUUUGCCCGAUUCUACAACCGCGAGAUCCCGCUGGCGUUCCGCCUGGUCAACGAAGGGGACAUCGUUGUCGGAAUGGUACAAACCGUGACCACCGACUGCUUUGGCCAAGCCAAGAAAUUUUACAAGCACAUUGGGACAGAAAUCGUGCUGGAUGGCCGCGUGAACGGCGACUUUAUCGUGCGACCGACGUUUACGGAGAAGAACCUGAUCGUCGAAGUUCGGCGCAAGGCCGCGCGCCACUUUCUCAACGGGUACAAGCGCAACCUCGACGCGAUGAUGGAAUGUGUACUCGAAACCGAGAAGCGAUUGGGGGAACUCCACGUUCAGACCGAGCUAGAGAAGGCUCUUUACGGCACCUUGGACAAUCGGGACGAGUGGCAUCUCGCCGAUACGUUGGAUGAACCAGUUCUGGACGACCUCAGUGAACGACGUGGCGCCGACGUCGAAUAUUUUAUUUGAAUGCAAGGGUCAUCCGUUGCAUCCUCCUGCAAGGGUAUCAUGCGCCCGCUUCCCG